GUACUAGACUCGGCGAAGGCAAGCGCUUUCUGCGGGUAAGGCCCGGUAAAACUCAAUGGGUUUUCUUAGAACGACAUCGUCAUUAUUCAAACUGCUUUCUCAGCCUGAAUCAAACGGCACCUGCGAAUCCAGAUUCAAGUUUCAAGCCACAAGCAGUCCCUGUUGCGGAUUCACAUUUCAGGAAUUUACCGUCGCAGAUUCUCAUCAAGCCAGCUUUGCUAGAGAUACCUGUCUUCAAUUUUCUCACUAGUUCAUUCCACCUCAGGUCUACUAACGCUCUAUCGCGGGGUUAAAAGAACAGCUUCUCCAAGUCGCCCUGUGAAGCGUCUGCGGGACGUUUUUGACGAAUCAUCUCCAGUUACUCUUCUGUCAACUCUAACAUCAAGUAACCCGACCAGCACGUACCUCGAGUCAUGAGUAGACGACAGCUGAAGUCUCGAGCCGCCAGCGGCAAGGUGUUCACGACUACCAGUUCCAGCGGUUUUGGCGCAUUUUCUUCCACUUCCACAGGCAGCACGCUGUCUUACUUAUCAGAACCCCCGGACUUUUCCUCCAUUUCCGAUGCCAACGUGGUCGUAUCAUUCAAGAACCUGCUCAAGAAAGAUGGCACAACAAAGGCCAAGGCGCUGGAGGAUCUCAUAACAUAUGUGGAGGCGCAUCCGUUUGAACAAGGUGGCGGCGCCGAGGAACCAGUGUUGGAAGCUUGGGUCCAAUUAUACCCUCGCACAUCAAUAGACAAUUCUCGCCGCGUACGCGAAUUAUCUCAUACUCUGCAAUUUGAGUUGAUGAAGUCGGCACGAAAGCGAAUAGAAAAGUAUGUGCCAAAAAUUGUUGCAACCUGGCUUGCGGGUACUUUCGAUCGGGACCGAGUCGUAUCCCGUAAUGCUACCGAAGGGCUAUCUUCAUUCCUCACAACCCCAGAGAAGGUCACUCAGUUUUGGAAAAGAUGCCAACCGCAGAUAUUGGAAUAUGCCUCGAAUGCCAUCUUAGAGACGAAAGACACGCUCAGUGACGAACGAUCUACUAGCACGGAUGAUGCAGAAGCAAAAUACCACCGGGUCCUGGGCGGAAGUCUAGCUCUGGUCCUCAACCUUCUUCAGAAGCUAGAUGCUGCUGAUGUCGAGAAGCACCAGGAAAACUAUGACAAGUUUUUCGAAGCAGAAAAGGCAUGGGGUAGUGCUAUAAGCAAUGACCCUACUGUUAGGAAGCUAUCUUGCCAAUUGCUGCUGGUUUGUUUGGGAAAACGUCGUAAUGCGGUAGAAGCCGAGCUUCCCCGCCUGAGCAAGGUGUACAUUGCAGAGGGGCUGAAAAGCUCCCAAAGCGGCUCUGCCAGUGACUACAUCAAAGCCUUGACCACAAUGAGUGCAGAGUUUCCCUCCAUAUGGACAUCUGACUACCGUGGAAAGAAGUCGCCGUCAUCACGCCUAAAGAUAUUUCUGGAGAAAGGAUCUCAGGGCAGCGCCGUGACAUUUUGGGAUACUCUUAGUCAAAUGUUGGCAAGUCUUCCUUCCGGUAUCAUCCCUGACGACAUCGAAGGAGCCAUAGACUUCAUGAAGGUCAUGAAGUUAGGGAUCACACGCCGUGAAGAGCCUCGAAGCAAUGCAGUGAGUGCCUGGACGUGUUAUCUAAAUACGGCAAAGCACUUUCUACAGUUACUUCUGGAUGAGGCAUCUAUUCAUAGGUUCAUUGAAGAGACCGUUUUCCCCUUGACGGAGCAGUACCUCUUCCCGGUUCCGGAGAGGUCUUCAUGGGCCUCUGGUGCCCAACUUCCUGUUCUCAUCAAAGCCUAUACGCUGGCUGCCACGUCAACAAAUACCGAGCUUGUGGGCGCAAUCAAAAAGGAGUGGGAAAGACUCAAGGAAGAGUACAAGACCCAUAUGAGAAACUCGCUCCCGGAAGCUUCUAAAGAUCAUGAGAGGUCCCAAAAGGCUAUAGCAGAUGAGGGUUCUCGGUGGUUCGCUCUUGUCGGCCUCAUACUCGAGGGACACGCAAAGACCACAGAUACCGAGCGUCCCAUUCCAGAUAUACCAACAGGGCCAUCAUUAGAGCUACUGCAGGAGGGACUUAAGUUGUUGGUGAGUAGAAAUUGGAAACCUUUUGGUGCUGCUGCGACUGUCGAGUCGGCUUUCAAAAACAGUUCGUUGCUUUUUAAAAAGCAGACACCGGCGUCGAAUAGUUUGGUACAACUUCUCAAGGGUUCGGUCCUGGAGACCACGGAGACGUUGCUAGUUUCCUCUAGUGCGCCUUACAUAUUCUCAAGUAUCAUAUCCUUGGGUGAUAUCUCUGGCCGCGAGCAAGACUUCGUCCAGCUCUGGACGACUGCCAUUGAAGCUAUCCUCCCAUAUAUGGACGAAUCGGGAGCAAUACAAGGCGUGGCAAAGCUUGUAGCGAGCAAACCCUCCGCUUCUUUGGCUCGUCAAGAAUCUAGGUUCCAGUCGCACAUUGUAGAGACUUGCAUCAAAUGUGCAUGUGGAACUCUUACGGCUGGCUGGACCCUAUUCAAUGCCGCAAUAGGGUUUGACGCUUUGAGUGAACUAUCUGAAGGUCAACUGGCGAGGGAGCUUACGGCACAUCUGACAGCUCCUGCUGGGCCGGCUAGUCCUGGGGUGCUGAAAGCUUUAAUGCUGAUCGCACAGAAGAAGCCCAGCAUCCUUUCUCAAGACCAAGAUACCCACAUGAGUUUAAUGAUGAGCCUGCUCAGUCUUUCGGAACGCUCCAACGCCAAUCCUGAAGUGCCCACCCUACGUACCCUAUUGGAACACCCCCUGACAGGCAAGUCAAACCUCGUGGAAAUCAUUCGGCAGAACAUCAACGAUGUCGGCCCGAAUUCUUUGGGGAUCGAUACGCUCGUUCAACAAACAGUUCAGGUCCAAAAAGCGCAUGGGGGUCUGGAACCCGGGUCGCUUGUGCCCGAUCUGAAGAUUUGGGACAAAGAAUUAUCCGUAUUCCUAGAUCACGCUCCCGAUGCAUCUCUCUCGCUCACAAGUAGCCUCGGAAGCUCAUACUUCUUGGUGUCUACGGCGUCCGAAACCUCUACCGCAAAUAUCAAGCGGGAUCGAAGCGGUUGCUCCAUUCCUGGCCGCAUGGCCAUGUACACGGCCCAACUAUUGGAAUUCGUGUUGGAGCUCGGUACUUUGCAUCUCGACAAGCAAGUGGACCUGGUUGUGUACCUAGCUGUCACAGCAGAAAUUGUAGCAGAUCAGCUUACCAUUAUGGACAAUGAGAAGAUCUGGAAGAACCUGGACAUCGACGAAGCCAAUAUCGACGCCGAAAACUUGGUUUCUUCUGCCCGGAAGGUUGUAAGCACAUUAGCGGCGAAUGCUAGCGGAUGGCGCGACGGUUUGGGGAAAGACCAGUCACCUGUCGUCCGUGGAGUAUUCAGCAAACUGCUUGAGAUGGCCAAGUCACUGUCGCCGUCAGGACUUUAUAGUGCACGAGUGUUGAGUGCUUUACUGGAAAGUCUGACUGAGAACCACGGGUUCCCGUCCAGCGCAGAAGAUUGGAUGGCAAAGUUGGAUGUCCUCAAAUCUAGCCCAACGGCUGUGCUUCCUGCCGUGGCAUUGAUGACUGGGCUUGGCGAAUCGCUGUCGGUUGGCAAGAGCGUCAGCAAUUUCUGUAAUCGACUGGUGAGCGACAUUGCUGGCGCCAGCCCCCAGUCCGAGAAAUCAUUGGUUACCCUGGCUCUGCUCAAUGCAUGCAUGCCGAUUUAUGAAAUUGGGUUGCUGCCGGUGGCCAAUAACCGCAUAGUCUUUGCUGUUAGGCAAAUCACAUCCUGGCUGGAAACACCUGAGACCCUUGAUUACAGGCACGCUGCUGAAGUGUGCCGCAGUCUCCGCUACCUACUCCCGUGCAUCAAAGAUGUUUAUGGCGCGUACUGGGAACGGGCGGUUGAAUUCUGCAUCCACCUUUGGACGGAAGAUAGCAAAGAACCGCUCAACAACCGUCUCCCCUAUAUACACGCAUCGCUCAGACUGAUGAGCACGAUUCAGUCAAUCGAGGAGCCGAAUGACGAUCUGGUGGAUGUGCUGCAAUCGACCUCAGAGAAGCGGUCCAUAGCUAUACUGGAGCUUCUGAAGCUUCCACGCGACAAGGAGACCCAGCCUCUACAAAUUAUGGACGCCAUUAUUUGCAGAGAAGUGGAGAAACUGCCCUUGGAACAUGUUCAAGACCUGUCGGACCUGUAUGGCUUGGUAGCUGUCGACUCGCGGGCUAUUCAGACGGCGGCCUUCACUGUCCUCCACAAAGCCCUGCCUGCUGCUCAAGAGGAACUUGCACUCGAUGUGCUUCUCGAAAAGAAGACCGCCCAGCUGCCUCAUGAACUCUUGUCUCUUCUCCUCGAAGCUCCCACUCUCGAGGCGUACUCUGACGAGGCUUUAUCCCUCUUCCCCACGUCGAUACGAUCAUAUUUACUCACGUGGCAUCUGGUCUUUGAUGCAUUCCAAGCAGCUUCCUUCAAAGUCCGCAGCGAUUACGCGGAAAACUUGAAGACGGAUAAUUACAUCGGACCCCUGAUGAAUUUCACCUUUGAUGUCCUUGGACAUUCGGCUGCUCAAGGCUUGAAUCUAGACAAGGCGAACUUCACCGUCGAACACAUCCGCUCAUACGACUUGAAGCUCGCUGACGCGGAGCCGGAGGAGAGGAACAUGCAAUGGCUCCUCAUCCACCUAUUCUACCUUGUCCUAAAAUACGCACCCGGGCUGUUCAAGGCGUGGUUCAUCGAGUGUCGCUCCAAGCAGACCAAGAUCGCGGUCGAGGGCUGGAUGACCCGGUUUUUCUCGCCCAUCAUCAUUUCCGAAUCUCUCGAUGAUGUAGCCAAAUGGGCGGCGACACAAGAAACUCCGGCUGAAGAUGAGAGGGAGCUGCUCGUCAAGGUCAGCAGACCGGCAAAGGAGGUGACGGCGGGGUAUGAGGUGGACGAACUACAUGCUGCAAUCGCUAUCAAAAUCCCUCCUGCGUACCCGCUCGAGGGUGUCUCGGUUGUGGGGAUUAAUCGGGUGGCGGUCAACGAGAAGAAGUGGCAGAGCUGGAUCCUAACAACGCAGGGUGUAAUUACAUUCUCAGGCGGGAGCAUUAUCGACGGCCUCGCCGCCUUCCGACGCAACGUUGUCGGCGCCCUCAAGGGCCAGACCGAGUGCGCCAUCUGCUACAGCAUCAUCAGCAGCGACAAGAAGAUGCCCGACAAGAAGUGUCAGACGUGCAAGAAUCUGUUCCAUCGCACGUGUUUGUAUAAGUGGUUCCAAAGCAGUAAUCAGAAUACGUGCCCGCUUUGCAGGAAUCCGAUUGAUUAUCUAGGGGCGGACACUAAGGCUAGGAGGGGCGGUUAGAGAAAUGGUUGAAGGAAGACGAGAAGGGAAGGAGACGGGAAUUACGGACGAUUAGAUGAGUGGGUGGGUGGAUGGAGAAAUGGGUAUCAUAGAUUAGAUGGGAUAGACAAAAUAGGAUUGAUGGUGAUGAGAUAUGGACAUAUUCCAC